CCUAACUACCAAUGAUGCAAACUUGAUAAUUACUCUUAUUAAUUCUAUUCCUAUUAAAGCUUCUUUUAAGGAUUUAAAGCACCCACUAUGUUUUUACUCAAAAUACUUUCAUUUCACGUUCUUAGUAGAUUCUAUGGCCAUGAACUGCUUCUGGGUCACCUUGAUUUUGUUCUUUGGAAUUUGGGUUGUUUUCUGUGAUCAAGAUGGUUUCUUGAGCUUAACUUGUGGUGGAUCAAGGACUUACGUGGAUUCAUCUAAGUUAACAUGGGUCUCAGAUGAUGCAUUCAUAAAUACAGGCAACGUGACUACCAUUGACUAUGUUGAGGAUUCAGGUACCUCCUCAUCCAGUGUCCCACUUCGAUUUUUCCCCGAAUCGAAACGUCGCAAUUGCUAUAGACUACCAGUGGAAAAUGCAUCAUCUGUGGUUCUUGUUAGAGCUCAAUUUAUGUAUAAGAACUAUGAUGGACGUUGGAAGCCUCCGGCUUUCUUAGUGUCUCUUGGGACGGCUAUAAUUAGUACCGUGAACCUAACUAAUAAGGAUCCCUGGAUUGAAGAGUUCAUAUGGCCAGUGAGUAAGGUAACACUCUCAUUUUGCUUGCAUGGUAUUCCGGAGGGUGGAUUGCCGGUUAUUUCUUCUCUUGAAGUUCGGCCACUUCCUCAAGGCGCUUACCGAAGUGGCAUAGAAGAUUUCCUGAAUAAGUCACUUCGUAAGCGCUAUCGGAUUAAUAGUGGUUACACCAGUGGAUCACUGAGGUACCCUGAAGAUCCGUUUGACCGCAUUUGGGAUGCAGAUCAAGGUUACUCCCCCUUUCAUGUCUCACCAGGCUUCCACAUUCCUCUUGGCUUGAAUUUAACAAGUCUAAAGGAGAGCCCUCCUAUGGAAGUGCUGCAGACUGCUAGAGUUCUCGCACGAGAAGAUGUCUUACAUUAUAACUUACCUCUAGAUAUGUUAGGGGAAUACUAUGUUGUCCUCCAUUUUGCUGAUAUUCUUCCAGUUUCUGCUUCUUUCGAUAUAUUAAUCAAUGGGGUUGUUCAGCAAUCAGAAUUCACUAUAACAACCUCAGAAACCAGAACUUCAUAUUUUACACAAAAGGGAAUCACCAGCCUGGAUAUUGCACUUAAGAGAAUCAAAUUCUACCCUCAAAUCAAUGCGGUUGAAGUCUAUGAAAUUGUUGAUAUUCCACCAGAGUCUUCUUCAACUACAAUUUCAGCACUUCAAGUUAUUGAGCAGUCUACCGGUCUUGAUCUUGGGUGGCAAGAUGAUCCAUGCUUCCCAACUCCAUGGGAUCAUAUUGACUGUGAAGGAAGUACAAUAACAUCAUUGGACCUUUCAGACAUCAACUUGAGAUCAAUUAGUCCAACAUUUGGUGACUUGCUGGAUCUUAGAAUACUGGAUUUGCAUAACACAUCACUUUCAGGAGCAAUAGAAAAUCUGGGCAAUAUGCAGCAUCUUGAGAAAUUGAAUAUGAGUUUUAAUCAGCUAACAUCCUUUGGUUCCGAUUUAAACAGCAUGGUUAACCUUAAAAUUCUGGACUUGCAUAAUAACAGUUUACAGGGAAUGGUUCCCGACAGCUUGGGAGAGUUAGAGAAUCUGCACUUGCUGAACCUGGAGAAUAAUAAAUUGCAAGGUACCCUCCCCCUAUCUUUGAACAGAGGAAGCUUGCAAGUUAGAACAUCAGGGAAUUUGUGCCUUUCCUUCUCAACAAUGGCAUGCAACGAUGCCUCAUCGAAUCCUUCAAAUGAGACACCACAAUUUACUAUUAUUAGAAAUAGGAAGCACACUCGACAUACGCAUUUAGCCAUUAUACUUGGUGCAGCUGGGGGAGCUGUAUUUGCUCUGCUUCUCAUUUCUCUUUUAGUAUUGUUCUACAUAAAGAAAAGGAAAACUGAAGCCGCAUAUACUACAAAUUCAGGUGCAGAAAUUGAUAUGCGAAACUGGAAUGCUGCGAAAAUAUUUACCUACAAAGAAAUAAAAACAGCAACAAACAAUUUUAAGGAAGUCAUAGGCCGUGGUGGCUUUGGAUCUGUUUACCUUGGAAAGCUAUCAGAUGGCAAACUGGUGGCUGUAAAAGUGCGGUUCGAUCGAACUCAAUUGGGUGCAGACUCUUUUAUUAAUGAGGUUCAUCUCUUGUCGAAAAUUCGACAUCAAAAUCUUGUGUGCUUGGAAGGAUUUUGUUAUGAAUCAAAGCAGCAGAUACUAGUCUAUGAGUAUCUACCCGGUGGAUCACUGGCUGGUCACCUCCAUGGUUCAAAUAGUCAAAAGGUUUCCUUAAGCUGGAUUCGGAGACUGAAAAUAGCUGUUGAUGCUGCAAAAGGGCUGGACUACUUGCAUAAUGGGAGCGACCCGAGAAUCAUACACCGUGAUGUCAAGUGCAGUAACAUCCUUUUGGACGCUCAGAUGAAUGCCAAGGUCUGUGAUUUCGGCCUCUCUAAGCAAGUAACUCAAGCCGAUGCAACUCAUGUGACGACUGUUGUCAAAGGCACCGCAGGCUAUCUAGAUCCCGACUAUUAUUCCACCAAACAGCUGACUGAGAAAAGCGAUGUCUACAGUUUUGGUGUUGUACUUUUAGAGCUCAUAUGUGGAAGAGAACCACUGAGUCAUUCCGGAAGUCCGGAUUCCUUCAAUCUAGUUCUAUGGGCAAAGCCUUACUUGCAGGCAAGUGCGUUUGAGAUAGUGGAUGAUAGCUUAAAGGGAACAUUCGACGCGGAGAGCAUGAGAAAGGCAGCCUUAGUUGCAGUAAAAUCCGUCGAGAGAGAUGCGUCGUUGAGACCAACCAUCGCAGAGGUAUUUGCAGAGCUGAAAGACGCAUACAGUAUUCAACUCUCAUAUCUUGCAUCUAUGGGACACUCAGGUUAAAGCUAGUACAUAUAUGAAAUCAAAAAGAAUUUUUCAUAUAAAGGAUGUCAAGGGAGAGUUGGUUUUUGCGGAGGUGAGGUAUACUGUUUCAAGAGGAGGCCUUGUAUAA